CUUGCUAGCCUGCGUCUCCGGGAGCCUUUCCGGAACACGGAACUGUUUUCCGGAAGAAAAUACUGGUUCUACGGAUGAGAGGAAAGAUUUCGCUCGGCCUGCAACUAUCCUGAAACUGUCCAGAAAGGCUCGAAACAUCACUCCAACGAUGGAAAUCGCAUUAGAUGGUUCUACCGCGCCGAAUCUUCGGAGGAAAUCUCCUUACCUCUCAAUGGCACAAGAAAAAACCCUGGAAUUCAUCGAAACAGUCCAACAAUACCCCUCUUUGUGGAUGGAGCGCAAAAGAGGGCACCGGGUCCCAAAGAAUGAGGCGUGGGCGAGAAUUGCAGCCGAAUUUCAACAGCCGGUCGAAGUUCUCAAAAAGAGAUGGCGAAAUUUAACGAUACAAUUCUGUGCAAACCGCAAGAACUAUUAUUCGAUGUUGGCACAGAAUCGCUCCGUUGAUCCUCCGGUUUGGUUCGCGUACGAGGCUAUGUGCUUCCUGAACGAGGGCAGCCGGUUCCCAAAGCCAGAGGUGUACAAUGAAAUCAACGAAAUGCAUCAAUCAGAAGAAUCCUCGAUGGAACAUAUGUCCCCAUCUCCACCUGCAAUUCUACCUGUACUCUCGCCUCCAGCCACAACUUCAUCACAACACCAGGCUGGGCCUUCUCGCAAGCGUAUGAACACGUUUCAAGAAACGGACUUAGCCGAUACCUUGACAUCGUUGGAAAGAUCGCUUGAGCAAGUGGUGGCUGUUGUUUCGAAGAGAAACAAGUAUGAGGGCAUCGGCCAGUUCGUGGCCGACACUCUGGCAGAAAAUGACGGCAGCCGAAUUGGUAAUGCUGAGUUAUGUUCCAAAUUUUUUAGCAUUUGUGCCCUCGCUACCAAGAAAUCUCCUCGUGACGAUAUCAUCCGUGGCAUUACCGAUAGGUUACAGCAAUGUGACGACGACAAAUUUGAAUCGAUAAAAAGUAUCAUAGAGAAUCUGCUUGAAGACGACCAGUGCCAUGAAUGAAGGUCGUAAAUUCUUCACAUAAGCUGCCAGCAUUCGUGGAAGCCUAGAACAUGUUUUCAUUGAAUAGUACAUUAGUUUAAUGAUUAUUUUUCGG